GAUUUGGAUGGUCACAUUUACUAUGCACAUGGCAAUGAACAAACAGCCGCAAAACUUCUUGACGCUUUCAAGACUACAAAGAGAGAACAAAUGGUUGACUCCGACUCAGACAUUUUGAAUGCAAUUGAAGGAAUUGCAAGUGUCAAGUUCGAAUGGUACCAACCUAACCCUCAAGCAGUCAGACAACAUGCUGGAUACUUCCCGUUCAGAAAUAAGUCUGACAUUGACUUGACAAGGUAUGGAAUUUACAAUUCAAUUGAAACAAUUGUCAAUGAACCUUGCAUUCUUACAUGUCUCAGGAACUCUGGUCUUGUUACAGAUGAGAAAAUGAAGUAUCUUGAGUCAUGUGUGAAGACAAGGUACAUUCUCAGAGGUCAAUUGGCAAAAAUUGCACCGUUGGCAAAUGUCAAUAUCCGAGUCAACAUACCUACAGCUAAAGGUUCUUCACAUGACGACUAUGUUGUUGACUUCAA